UUUCAUAUCACUCACAGAAUUUUGGCCUGAAAGCCAUAAUGAUUGGAAAGCCAAACAGAACUCCCCCACCCCCCUCCAAUUUUACAUGAAACCAAGUUUUAGAGGACCAUUAGUCGCUCACUUCUUGCUUUCUCCUUGGCUAUUUCACGCUUGUUAAAAAAACACACGUGCCUUUGACUUUCCUAUGACCUGAGAAGAAGCUUCCAAAAGGCCAGCGCUUACGCCAUAAUCUUCUUUCUCUCUCUAACACCACCACCUUCGAAGCUCGAUUAUUGUUUCUCCUCAAAUUACCAGGUUUUAUUUGUUGAAAGAAAGAAGGAAUUCGUGUCCGAUGUUUGGAGUUAGUUCUUUAAUUGAAUCAGAAUCUUGGUCCACUGCGUAUCAGUAAGUACUGUUGACCAUUCUCACUGAGGUUGACUUGUGAUGGAAACGGACAGAAAUAAGGUUUUUGUAUCAAGAAUUCGGAGACGGAUUGCUCUGAUUUUUUGUUGUGACGUGUUGGAUUACUUCUACACUUUUUGAUGGUAACAAUGAAUUUGGGAGUCAAAAUGCCAGGAGAUCGGCAUUGCCCCCGAAUUGAUAUUAUUGAGCUGAAACAUCAUAUUGAAAGGAGGGUUGGUCAUCAAAAAGCCGAGAAGUAUUUCAAUCUUCUAAGUAGAUACUUUAGUGUCCGACUUAGCAAAUCUGAGUUUGAUAAGCACUGUAUAGGGUUAUUAGGGAGAGAGAAUAUCCACCUUCACAAUGGACUUAUUCGAGCUAUUAUAAAGAAUGCUUCUAUUGCCAAGUCUCCUCCACCCAAGGAUCAAAAGGGGCAAUCUUCAUUGAAUGUGAAAGUCCUAAACGGGUAUCAAAGUAGUCUUCAGACGCUCUGCAGGGAUGUGUUUCCUCAGUCUCCGAGGAAGGGGAGGACUCCCAUCCUUCGUGAUCGCAAGUGCAAGGACCGACCAAGCCCACUUGGGCCCCACGCAAAGCCCCGUAAUGUGGCAGGUGAAGAUCCGUUGCUCAAGGUUCCCGAACAGCAGAGUGCUACUGAGUUAUUAUCUUUAGGUAGUCGACCUCCUGUGGAAGUAACAUCUGUUGAAGAGGGUGAAGAGGUAGAACAAGUUGCUGGAAGUCCAGGAAUUCAUAGUCGAAGCCCUCUUACAGCUCCUCUUGGGGUUAGUCUCCAUGCAAAAGGAAUGAGGAAAGUGUUAGCCCCUGGAUUAUCGCCCGUUAUCAAUUUGGAUACCUGCUAUAACAAUGCUGAGCUUCCUGAUACUCCUUCUUUAAAGAAGAGGUUGGAACGCGAGUUGGCGAUGAAGAGUUUAAAUGCGUCAACAUAUUGUGUCAACUUGUUAAACAAUGGGUUGGAUGUGUUCAUAAAGAGAUUACUCAAACCCUGUCUGGAUUUAGCAGCUUCACGGUCUGAAUCCAAGCUCCCAAAUAAAGUUCAUCAUCAGGCAUUUGUAAUGAAUGGAACCAGGCCCUUAACAUCUGCACAAAAAUCGUCUGUGUCUGUGUCUAUGACAGAUUUUCGAGUUGCGAUGCAGUCGAAUCCCUGGAUACUUGGAGAAGAUUGGCCUGUACAGCUUGAGAAGGUCGUGAUGCGUGCAUCAGAAGAUUGUAUGGAUGGAUAGUGUGUUAGUUGUUAUAUGACUCUGACUGUGGAGUUGCAUCUCGAUGUGGUGACUUUCGUCGUGACACUAGAAGAUAUGCUAACAGUGUUUUUCACAGAAUUCAUGUGAUCUUACGUGGUCUGAAGCUGCGGAAAAUUUUGGAUGAGGUUUCUUGGGUUGUACAUAUGUCACAGAGCUGAUUAUUUUGGGAGUUCUUACCUCAUAAAGUAUAAAGGGAUAUGGAUACUUGUAAGAUGUAGCCAUUUCAUAUAGUUCAGGUCAUCCUAGUUAAUAUUGUAUUUGGUUCAUCUCAUUGGUCUUUUAUCUGUUAAUAAAUCUUAUUUUAUG